AUGGAUCUCUCCCACAAUCGCUCUGGACCAGUUGUGUUGCAUCGACCCUUUGCAGAGUAUUCUGUCCAGGGUGAAGGCUUUCAUGGAACAACGCUCAUUCGAGAUAACUCCGAAGCUUCUACACAUGACAAGAAUGUAGUUAAUGCAACGGGAGAUCGAUAUGAUACACGGGGAGCAUUCGAGGGGGGUGGGGGGGGAGGCGCCCGUGAACCGUCCUGCAUCGCCGCCCCUGCCCGUCCCUGUCCGUCACUGCUUGCCCCUGCUCGUCCCUGCCCGCCCCUGCCCGUCCCUGUCCGCCCCUGCCCGCCCCUGCCCGCCCCUGCCCGUCCCUGCCCGCCCCUACUCGUCCCUGCCCGUCCCUGCCCGCCCCUGCCCGUCCCUGCCCGUCCCUACUCGCCCCUGCCCGUCCGUGCCCGCCCCUGCCCGCCCCUGCCCGUCCCUGCCCGUCCCUGCCCGUCCCUGCCCGCCCCUGCCCGUCCCUGCCCGCCCCUGCCCGUCCCUACCCGUCCGUGCCCGUCCCUGCUCGCCCCUGCCCGUCCCUGUCCGCCCCUGCUUGCCCCUGCCCGCCCCUGCCCGUCCCUGCCCGUCCCUGCCCGCCCCUGCCCGUCCCUGCCCGUCCCUGACCGUCCUUGCCCGUCCCUGCCCGCCCCUGCCCGUCCCUGCCCGUCCCUGCCCGUCCUUGCCCGUCCCUGCCCGUCCCUGCCCGCCCCUACUCGCCCCUGCCCGCCCCUGCCCGCCCCUGCCCGCCCCUACUCGCCCCUGCCCGCCCCUGCCCGCCCCUGCCCGCCCCUGCCCGUCCCUGCCCGCCCCUACUCGCCCCUGCCCGCCCCUGCCCGUCCCUGCCCGUCCUUGCCCGUCCCUGCCCGUCCCUGCCCGCCUCUGCCCGUUCCUGCCCGUCCUUGCCCGUCCCUGACCGCCCCUACUUGCCCCUACCCGUCCGUGCCCGCCCCUGCCCGUCAUUGCCCGCCCUUACCCGUCCCUGCUCGCCCCUGCCCGCCCCUAUCCGCUCGUGCCUGCCUUGCCAGCCCCUGCCCGCCAAUGACACCUGGAGAUCGAUAG